AAUUUCACUCACAGUCCCUUCUCGUCGUUGUCGCUGGUGCUGGUAUGCACGAUUCUUUGUCAUUGCAGUUUCACGACUAUUACGAGGAAAGCAUCCGCGAAUGCAACAAAUACGGGAACAUUUAGGGGUUGUUUGUAAUCCGGGGCUGUGUGUAAUUUUUAAUGUGGUAAAGUAAGAAUAUUGUGUGUGUUUUUUGUACCGUUUCGUCAGCAAGACGUAGUAGUUGCGUGUACAAGAGAUUGGACACACACUCGGUUGAAAGAACGAAAACAUUCUUUCUGGCCGUUUGCGACGUUUGUAUCAUAAUUACAACACGUAGCUUUCAAAGUGGUCCGUGCACCUUCAUCCUGGUGGGUGAUAAGUAGUGUCUCAAUAAUUAUCCCCCCAACCAGAGUAGUCGUCGUCCUGCGUUGCUGUGUAGUGCGGACAUAAGUAGGCCAAUGUUAUCACCCAACCAGCGGGCAACAAACGAACGAUAACAUAAUUUCACCAAAAAUGCUGGACGCAUAUGUUGGGUACGAUCUGAGCAGUGCCAUCGAACCGGAUGACAUACCGAAGACGAGCGACACUGUGUUUAUACUGGGAAAGCAAUAUCACGCUACCGAUGAUCUCGAAAUCAUACGACACGAUGUGCAAUCUCGCCUGUGGUGUACCUACCGCAAAGGAUUCGUACCGAUUGGCAACACACAGCUAACCACGGACAAAGGUUGGGGCUGUAUGUUGCGUUGCGGACAGAUGGUACUAGCACAGGCUCUGAUACAGCUGCAUCUCGGUCGGGACUGGGUGUGGGAAGCGGAAACGAGAGAUGAAAUCUAUCUCAAGAUUGUGAACCGUUUUGAGGACAGCAAGCAGGCACCGUUUUCGCUGCACCAGAUUGCGCUGAUGGGCGAUUCCUCUGAGGAGAAACGAAUCGGCGAAUGGUUCGGACCGAAUACGGUCGCGCAGGUGUUGAAAAAACUGGUCAAGUUUGACGACUGGUGCAGGCUAGUCAUUCAUGUAGCCCUGGACAAUACGGUAGCAACGGAUGAGAUAGUUGAAUUAUGUGCAGAUAAAAAAGAUACCGAUGUUUGGAAGCCGCUGCUACUCAUAGUCCCACUGCGGUUGGGUCUUAGCGAAGUAAAUCCAAUCUAUAUCGAAGGACUGAAGAAAUGUUUUCAGCUACCGGGAAGCUGUGGAAUGAUCGGUGGCCGACCUAAUCAAGCGCUCUACUUUAUCGGGUAUGUUGGGGAGGAAGCACUGUAUCUGGAUCCUCACACGGUCCAGCGGGUAGGCACGGUCGGCAACAAACAGGAACCUGCCGAACAGGAGCAAGAUGAAACGUUUCACCAGCGGUACGCUAGUCGGAUCAGUUUCACUUCAAUGGAUCCGUCGCUGGCCGUGUGCUUUCUAUGCGUCAGCCGGCAGCAGUUUGAUCUGCUUGUGAGCCGGUUUAACGAUAGUCUGAACGGUGGCACCAGCCAAGCACUGUUCGAGGUAGCGAAAACACGCCAAGCACCGUGGACACCGACGACGGCUUCGUCCGCAUCUUCGCGUAAGAACAGUGGACCAACCGAGGCCUUCAAUGUGAUAUCGGCGACCGAAAUUCCGAAUGAAGAAUUCGAAGAAGUAGAACCACGUACGCUCGACGAUUCGGACGAGGAGUUCGAGAUUAUAGCCUAGCAGCCUGGGCACGGCACACUGCACGAUCUCUAGAGUAAAGUGAUCGAACAUGAUAGCGCUAUAAGCUUUCUCCCAGAAUAAUUGCUGAGGAAUUCAUACUGCUGCAAUACCCACCUCCUUUUUGUCACACGCGCGCAGUACACAAUAAUUUUAUUCAAAGGGAGAAUACAUCGAGAAAAAGAUAGACGAGUUAUAAUUCAAAAUGUUGCCGCUUUUCGCGCUCGGUAUGUGGUAAAGCUGUGUUACGGUAGAUUUUUAGUGUUACGAAACAAGCAACUUGAAGACGUUUGUUGGAUGGAUGCUGGAUUCGACAAAGCAUAAACCCAUUUCGGAGGGCUAAAAGAAAAACAAUUCAAUAAAAUGCGUAACAACAACCUGUAAGCGGAUACGUUUCCCACGCUUACGGUUUCUGUGUGUCACGAGGAGACAUGUAUUCUCGUAUAUUAAAUGCUUCAUGUUUGUAUAAUGUUUGGCAUCGCGCCGAAAACGUCCUCCUCCCUGGAUCAAGCGGCCACCACACUCGGGAAUGCGUUCUGCUUUGAUAUGACGAGCUUGUUGUGUUGG